CUGUUACCGCAGGUAUUGUUUCCUUCUUUACAUUCUAGAUAGAAUUAUACAUGUGGAUAUUUCCUGUUAAGCAAUGGUGUCGUUGUGACAAAAGAAAAAAAAGUGCAGAUGGAUAAAAACACACUGAAAAUGAGUGUUGCUCUAUCAUGCACCAUUCUUAUUUUUUUCACUCUGCUUUUGGCAUACACUGACAUCAAACCUCUUCACCCAUACAUGGCUCCUUUAUAUAAAGUGGCCAAAAAAACAGAAAGUCCAUCAUCAAUUACACCUAUUGAAGAUUCGGAGCAUUUCAUGGUGUCUGCGUUUAUUGACCACAGACUGGGCGGGGCCAUUCGAGUCAUCAGCAUAAUCAAGAGAAACAGUCUUCAGCCACUUUACUGUGUUUACUGUAGCACUGAACAUGACUGCAAAACUGUUGCGACUGAGGUCCAGGUACACACCGACCAUUUUGGCUUCCCAUUUCAUGUAGCAGAUGUGAUUUGUAAAGGCAACAAUAUGCAAUAUGCAAGACGUGUCACCAUCACAACUCAAGAAAAUACAUCCAACCUCAAGAUGAAGUAUCUGCCGAUUAAUAAUAAGGAGGUCAAAAACACUUUUAAGUUUGACUUCACUGUAUGCUUCUCCAGCCUUUUUGGAAACUACAACAAUGUACUGCAGUUUGCCCAAACUAUGGAGAUGUACAAGCUUUUGGGCGUACAGCAUGUGGUCUUAUAUAAAACCAGCUGUGGAAAAGAUCUAGAGAAGCUUCUGAAAUAUUAUGAAUCAGAAGGGAUACUGGAGAUUGUUUCUUGGCCUAUCAAUAAGUUUCUGAAUCCAUCCUCAGGCUGGAAUUUUCAGGAACACGAGGGCGAUCUCCACUAUAAUGGUCAGUUAGUAACACUCAACGAGUGCAUGUACAGACACAUGUAUCAAUCCAAAUAUCUUCUUCUGAAUGACAUUGAUGAGAUCAUUAUGCCGUACAAACACACUAAUUUACAGUCUCUUAUGGUGUACCUCCAAUCUACUCACCCUGGUGCCAGUGUAUUCAUUGUUAAAAGCCACUUAUUCCCCACAACACAGUUUGAGGAGAGCGGGAAGUUCAAGCGAAAAGAAUGGAAUAAUAUUCCUGGAGUAAACAUCAUGGAGCAUAUUUACAGAGCACCAGAACCAAAGAACGUUUACAAUCCCGCAAAGAUGAUCGUAAACCCGAGGAAGGUGGAGCAAACCUCAGUACAUUCCUCUUUGAAAUAUUCUGGACAUUUCUGCUUUGUAGCUUUUGAUGUGUCUAGGAUGAUACACGUGAGAGAACCCUUUCAGAAUGGUGAGAAUCUUACAAAAGAGCAAUUGUUUGUAGAUAAAAGAGUCUGGGACUUUAAGCAAGAACUGAUACCCAAUGUUGACCGGACUUUGAAGCUUUCGGGUUUGUCAACAUGAUUUUAUAAGAAGUAUGCAAAUGUGAUCAAUUGUAAAUCAGAGUUUUAUAACUAUAAAGAAGACCAAAAUAAAGUUAAACUGAUUAGUCCCGUA